GAGAUGCUGUCUUUCGCGGAACUUGCAGCGAACACGUCAGAGAAGUUGGGCAACAGGACGUCGCCUUAUUUACUGCUGGAUUUUGACGAAGGGAUGCUGGAGGACUGGCGCUCACUGGCUCGUGGCGACGGGAGGCGCGGCGGGGAGUCGGGCGUCAAGGCGCUGCUGGUCGCCGCCUACUCGGUCAUUAUUGUCAUCUCCCUGUUCGGAAAUACGAUGGUGUGCCACGUGAUCGUGAAAAACAAACGCACCCAGUCGGCCACCAGCGUGUUCAUCAUGAACCUUGCAGUGGCCGAUGUGUUCAUCACUGUGCUCAACACGCCUUUCACGCUGGUUCGUUUUGUAAACAGCACAUGGGUGUUUGGAAGGACCAUGUGUCACAUCAGUCGCUUUGUACAGUACUGCUCCCUGCACGUGUCAACUCUCACGCUCACGGCUAUCGCCCUGGACCGCCGACAGGUAAUUUUACAUCCUCUAAGACCUCGCAUGUCACCAAUUCAGGGCAGUGUUUGGGUGGCUGUCAUCUGGAUAAUGGCCAGCUGUUUCUCCCUUCCACAUGCCAUCUACCAGAAACUUUUCACUUUCAGGUUCAGUCAGGAAAAGGAGCGCAGCCUGUGCGUCCCGGACUUCCCCGAGCCAUCGGAUGUCUAUUGGAAGUAUAUUGACCUCCUCACCUUCAUACUCCUUUAUAUGCUGCCCCUUGUCAUCAUCACAGCGUCCUACACCACAGUGGCCCACAGGCUGUGGCACCACAAUGCCAUUGGCGACGCCACAACGGCUCAGCACGCCACCCAUAGGAGGAAGCGGCGCCGCACGCUCGCCAUGUUGCUCGUAGUAGUGGCCGUGUUCGCUGUCUGCUGGUUCCCGCUCAACUGUUACGUGGUGCUCCUGUCCAGUCAGGCCAUUCACUCGUCCAACGUUCUUUACUUCUGCUUUCACUGGCUGGCCAUGAGCUCCACCUGCUACAACCCAUUCAUUUACUGCUGUCUUAACCCCACCUUCCGCCAGGAGUUACGCCUUCUCCUGAGUAUGUGCAGAAGGAGUCACAGCGUGGUGGUGGAACUGGAGCUGGAGCGUCAGCCUGCCGCUGCAUGCCCGCCAUGCCACAGGACCGCCUGGCCUGACGACGAGUUGUCUGGGCAGAGGCAAGCUUUGCCACAGCCCAGCCACCCCUCGCUGCAGAAGAACCACAAUUUAUCAGAGGACUCGCCUCAUCUCAAGGACACACACUCACUCUUCACUGCCAGACGGGCCCUCACAGGGAGAACUGACAUCCUGUCUGUCGAGCCCAUUGUGGCUGUGAGCUGACUAAACGUGUCGUGUCAUGGGGACAUUUUGGAUCACUUCUUCAGUUCAUUGUGUUCCAAAGAUGAUACAAGAACCCCCUCACCCAUUACAUUUCUAUCAUUCAUCAUUAAUUUUGUUCUCUGGAAAAAGCGGCAUCAGGCCAGGUGAUGCUUUUUUUGUGAAAGUUUUAAAAUGCGAACAAAAACACUUGCUGAAAAUGCAAUUACUGUAUAUUAUUGAAUUUGAUAUUUUCUUGUGAAGAAACCGUUUUUGCACAUGGAACUCAGGAACCUGGCAGGGCUCACAAAGCCUUUGGUAAACUACUGUGAGCUACUUAACAACAUACAUACACCAAUCAACAAUAUGAUGACCCUAAUCUAUUUUUAUUUAUUAUCAAAUAUGCUGCCCUUACAAACGUUUGAGUGACACUGUGAGAGAGGAUUUCCUCCAAUAUGUUCAGUAUUGUGGUAGUAGUUUGUCAUAUUGAU